GCGCAAGGGCGGCUGCGACUUGCACGCACUACAGCCGCGAGACAAGUACCUGAAAAGACCGCUGCCGUGGGUGCUGACGCAAGUUUGAUAUAGAUUUGCACCCUCAAGGACUCAGCGCAAGUUGAACGAUUUAAAAUUUCAAAAACAAGAUGGAAAUACCAGCGGCGUACCAAACGAGCGUGAAAUUUCGCGCUACUGGUGCGCUCCCUUCCUCUCAGCUGGAUGCAACGGGGAGAACAACUGCGGUGCAGAGCGGCAGCGGCGCGGGUGAUGCCCAGACCGCGGAGAAGAGUUCCGCUGCCGCCGCAGAACAGAGGAAGGAUAGGAAAAGCCACUGCAUCGACCUUCUUGUAGAGGGUUGCGUGGAUUCUUUUGUGGAUCUUCUGAAGAUGGCGCAGGCCGAUGAGGAAUCUGUUGCAGCUAUCCUGAGUAGAAACGUACCCACACCAGAGUUGUAAUGCAGAUUUGCAAAGACAGGAAGACUUGUUCUUGUAAUGCGCAUCCCCAUGAGAGCCAUUUCCAAUUGUGUUUUGGAAUUUGUGAUGCUGUGAACAGGAUGAGCAGAUGAAUCUGUGACGCGGCUGCAGUUGCUAACCUGCACUACACUGCAUAGAGCAACUUGCCAUGCGUGACUCACAAAACUCCUAGGCUUGUGUUGCAAAAUCCUCAUCCUGACUCUGGUGUGGCUACGCUUUUACUCAGGAUAGCAGCCGACAAAGACGAUGGCACUUCCACCAAAAAACUGGAUCACGAAAGAAAGCCAGUGGACCUGGGGUUCCUAAAAGGCGUUUUGGAGCGAGCUGAGACUUCCCGACGCGCAAAAAACUAUCAUCUGGCGGUCGACGCGUACAGUGGCCUGGCCGAGUUUAUCAACUGCAAAUAUGUCUGGGUCUGGAGGAGUGCAAAGUUUUCACGCAGGUUUUCCAUGACCCACGAGGGGCGGAAUGCGGGACCUCGCAUGACAGACUCUGUGAGCCCUCUGUCAUGCCUAUCCUGCGUGAGAAAUUCCCUCCCAACUUGGUCGAAAGUGAACAGCUUUUGGCACUCAAAUGCAACACAGAUUUUUGGCAUGAUUCAGAUUUAGCAUGACAAGUUGCAAUCUUCCAGACCCAGACACAUUUGCCAUCCAUACACUUCUUUGAGAAGCAAGACGCGAUUUCCUCAAGCCGCUACUUUCAUCAUCGCUGUCUGGAGGUUGCCGGGGAAGCUGGCGUAGUGGAGUCCAUCGCGACCGCCAACCUCAAUCUGGGAACGUGUGAGGAGAAGUUAGGAAACUGGGAGAACGCCAUGACCUACCACGAGACUGCGCUGGAACUAAGCACGCAGAGCAACGCGCUGCCACUGCAGAUAAAGAGCGCCCUCCAGCUCUGCCAUGUCUACAAGGUGUUGGCGGUAUCACACAGAAAAAAGCAGGCAGGAUAUAAUUUGUUUAUGUAAAUGCAAAAAUAAAUACUAAUACACAAAAAAUCUUGCAUAUCCUAAACAGCAUGCUAUGGGGCCGCGGCCCAUGACGGAUUUAGCUGUGUAUUUCUUUUUGCAUUAUACAAAUAUGGCCUACCUGUGCUUUUUUCUCUGGGAAAGGCGGAUCGAUUUCUGAGUAAUAGUCCCACCGACGACGAUGUCCGUGCCGCAUGCGACCUGUUUGAGAAAUGCGUGGCCUGUGCGAAACUCGCGAAAGACAGUAAGCUCGAGGGCACGAAUUGCCAUCAACUCGGCAAGGCGAAAACUCUGUCCGGAGAAUACGGAGAAUCCAUCAGGUAUGAAGAUGUUAGAUUGGAUGAACUCGCCAACUUGGGAAGAAAAAAAUUUGCCAUGCAUAAAUUAGUAUCUACUUCUUACUUAUAAACAUCGACACCUCGACCUCCGUCCCGUUGAGUCCACUUGCUUCCACAACAGACCAAACUUUCCAGAGAUCAUUUAGUGUCAGGGUCUCGCGUUCUGUACGAUUUUGCGGUGUGCUCCUGCCAUAAUGCGUUUCAGCACCCGCCGUUCACUUUGGUUUCGAUCCUACGGACACUUCAAAUUCGUCUCCUGCUACUUUUAGCAUAUACAACUUAGAUGUUCAGCACUCCAUGGUGAUUUUCAAUGAGAUUCUUCUGUGAGAAUGAUGCUUUUGACCGACCGUCGUACUUACACGUGUUGGGUGAUGCAAAAAUUUCUGCUUGGUUUCUCGAACAGCUGCAGGGCCUGCAGACCCUCAAACAAAAUAUUUUCAAUAAUUUCUGCAAAAAUAUAGAAAACGCCCACAUGCACAUUCUACUUCUUGGCAAGGCAGAAGAUGUUUAUUAUCGUGGGUGACAGUGCGAGUGCAUGACAUAGACAUACUACAAUUACAAUUACAAAUCAUUUUUUUCGCCUACUCGUUGACUUCCCAAUGGCCCCUCCCAUAUCAGGUUGCAGCAGCAAUACCUGGAUAUCUGUCGGAAACAAGGGGAUCGAGCGGGAGAAGCGAAUGCGCGAUCGGCACUGGCGCAGGCGUAUGAGGCCACGGGCAAUAUCGAGGAAGCGGUCUUGCAGCUCGAGCUGCUGCUGACGGUGGCCGCGGAGGCCGGAGAACUGGAAGCGCAGGCGUAUCCUGAGUAAAAACGUCUCGACCCCAGAGUUUUCAUGCAAAUUAGUUUCAGUAUGCAUAAGGAUAAGCCUAGUAAAAUAAGUUUCAUCUUCUCAUGCGCACCCCCAUGAUGAGGAGCACGUUCCAAUGCUAUUUGGGGAUUGCCUCUUAAUGUGGAACCAGGAUAAUGUAGUCGAUUUAUCACGCGGAUGCACUACCUAGCUAAAACGGACUGCACUACGAGGCCAAACUGGUCAUGCGCAACAGCCAAAGGUUGCUGCUUCCCGUAGCAAAGUUACCAUCUUGCCGAUGGGCUGAAACGCUUUUUUACACGGGAUAAGGCGAAGGCGUGUCUCAGUCUCGGCCUUCUGCUGGCGGUCGAAAAGCCGGAGAAGAGCAUUGCGCUCCUGGAGACGCACUUCGAACUCGUCAAGAAGUUAAACGACCGCGAGGGGGUGGAUGCUGCCAGAGUGAUUCUAGGCAUGGCCCGCGGGCAGGCCAACUACGGGAAAUACAUGCACUACGGAAUCCUCAGGAUCGAAAUUCACAAAGUUGAAAAAUUUGCAUAUCCAUAAAAAGCAUCCCGCCGACGAUCUGUUUCUGUAUACUAUAAGAGAGCAGGCGAAUGAGGCCGAUUGCAAGCCUGUUUAGGGGUAAGGGUAGGGCUGCUGAAGCAGCACGACAGAAGCGGUUUUCUUUGCCGAAGUAGAAACAGCGCGGCAGACUGGACUUCGGAACUGCCAAAAUUUGUCAUGCGCCACUUAGACAGUAUCUCUAUCUUUCUAUGCGUGGCAAAGCCUUUCAACUUUGUCGAUUUCGAACCUGACGCAUCCAUAGGCACCUCGUGCAAAACGAUUUGGGGGCCUUGCUGCAGUGGAAGAGUCGCCGCGCCUAAAAUAAAAGCACGCAGAAAGGACGUCCCCAGCUCCUUCAUCUAGCGAACUACUUCACGGGACCUCUCUUGGUCUGGCGUUGCAACCGUCAGAAUCAAGUUAAGCUGUACAACUUUCUUCCUUUUCGUUCAUAAACGCUAGAGGGAGCUGAUAAAAAAUUCUUAUAAUAUACGAAGAAAGCCAGAAUAAAUUGGAUUUCGAACAACACGCGAAUCAGACGAUUUAUUUGUAGUCGUAGCAGCAGGCACGCAAUCUAACGAUAAGUAUGAAUAUCAGUUUCGUGUUACUCUAAAUGCAAACUACUCUUCGUCAUCAACGUUUUGGAACACUUCACGUUCAUUGUAAUUGUACUGAGAGUUGUGAAGUACCAGAGAGGACACGAGUAGUUCGCACCUUACAAUUUCGGCCGAAGCAAUCACAUCCAACACUUACGAUGCGAUUUGCACUUCCACGCACCUACUACGGGGGCCGUGGUUGCGUAGAAGAAUAUUGGGCGAAUAUUUUUUUGUGUGCUACACAAAUCAAAAUUGCACCACGACGCUUGUUGUUGCUGCAGGAGACAGCUUUUUGCAUCUAUGCCGAUGCAGCACCGCGUCGACGUCUGCGUGACACAUAUGUGGCCUGUGAAAUCAAUAACUUAGCUCGUUUGAUAUCCAGCGACUCGGUUGUGUGGCUUGUAUUUGUUUUUACUUUCAUCUAAUUGCACGAAUGAUGAGAGCACCGUAGGGCUUGGGUGGUUGUAGUGCAGGAUGAUAAUGAACAGGACAUGAAAUUCUGUUCGUAUUUGUGACAGAUGCCUUGUUACUCUCCAUCUUCUUCGAACAGGGACAUUAUCAGGGUGGUUGAUUAGAACCUCAUAUAACCUACACCCAUCGAUAUCGCCUUCUGCGACGCAGCUAGCUGUUCUGGCAGCUGGCUGUUCUGGGCCCCGUAAUUUGUUGGAAGACGUUGCACCCUCUG